AUGAAUAAAUCAAAAAGCCCUAAUUAGAGAGACAUCCCAAACGAUAAUAGCAAAGUUAGAAUAGCAGUUCGUGUCAGACCAACUUUAAAUAGUGAAAGCGAAGAAGACUUUGUUUAGUUGAUAGAUGAUAAUACAAUAAAAGUCACUAGAAUUGGAAAUAGUCUUCGUAUGAAAUUUAGCGACAUUCUUCCAAAAACAGCAAAUCAAAAUGAUGUUCAAAGAUUGGUUUCUGAAUCUAUCAAGUCAUUUAUAUAAGGAAUUAAUAACACUAUUUUUGCUUAUGGAUAAACUGGAGCUGGUAAAACUUAUACAAUUAUGGGUGGAUUACCUGAAAAUGUAGCCAAUGUUUCUACUGAAAAAUUUCAUUAAGUUAUUAGGUGUAAUGAGAGAGGAAUUCUACCUAGAGCAGUUCAAUAAAUCAUAUCUCAAUUAUAAACUUAAAUAGAAGAUGAUUAAUGUCGACUUUAUUUAUCAUUCUAUGAAAUUUACAAUGAAAAAGUAUAUAGAUCAAAUAAUUUAAUAGAUUUUUGAUCUUUUUAAUCUAAAAUCUCAAGGAUUGGAUAUUCGAGAAAAUAAAAAUGGUGAUGUGAAUAUUCCAGAUCUAUCAUAAAUACGGAUUAUGGAUAUUGAUACUGCCUAUGAAUAUUUAAUUUUAGGAUUAAGAAAUAGAGUUGUAGGAUGUAGUCAUGCGAAUUCAAAGAGUUCAAGAUCACAUUGUUGUUUUUAGAUGACCCUUCAAUAAGUUACAGUUAUUAAUGGAGAACCUGUAUUACAAGAGUCUUCACUUAAAAUUGUUGAUUUAGCUGGAUCAGAGAAGUUUAAAAUACCAACUGAAUUGACCCCUGAAGAAAAAGAACUUCAUAUUUAAGAAUUGACAUCAAUCAAUGGUAGUUUAUCUUGUUUAGGACAUUGCAUAUCUGCUUUAAUAGAUAGAAAUAGAACACAUAUUCCAUUUAGAAAUUCUAAAUUGACAAGAGUUCUUAGUGAUUCUUUAAGUGGCAGUGGUAAAAUCUUAUUCAUUGUUUGUGUUUCACCCUCUAUAUCUUCUAGUGCUGAGACCUUUUCUACUCUAUAAUUUGCUAAUCGAGCGAAGAGGGCUGUGUUGGAUGGUAGAAAUAUUUAAUAGCCUAAAACAAAUAAACCUAAAGGAGUAUCUUUGGAAGAGUAUUAAGAAUUAUUAAAAUAAUAUCAAAAGGAGAAAUAAAUGAGAGAAGAACUUGAAGUUAUUGUUCAAAAGAGAAAUUAAGGAGAAUUAUUAUAACAGAUUUAAAAACUAAAAUAAUAAAAUCAAGAACUCUAAGAACAACUUUAUUAAGUGUAAUCAUAAUAAUAAUAAUAAUCUAUAAACAUCAAUUAUUAAUAAUAAUAAUAACAAUAAUAAUAAUAAUAAUAUUCUCCCUUGUUUUCAGAUAAUAAAAAAUCACUUACUAUUAAUUCUAACGACAAAAAAGUCAGAUUUGCUGAUGAUUUCUUAACUGCUCAUAUUAACAAUAUGGACAGAGAAGAUAGUUAAGUUUUUGAAAAUCUAGCUAUUUUUCAAGAACUGAAGUAAUUAGAAAAUAAAGACAAAAAAAAAAUUAUUGUAAUUAUUAUCUACAUAAUAAUAGAAUUUUGAAGAAAAAUUUAAAAGCUAUUUUGGAUAAUCUGAAUAUUAAACUAACGAUUUAGCUUAAUUUAAUACUGGAAAAUAGUUUGGUAAUUCAUAAUUUUAGCAAUAAUAGAUUCAAUCAUAAGAAAAGUUAAUGACAAAUAGAAUAAUAUAUCAAAUAUUGUUUAAGAUCUUAAAAAAGAAAUGUCCAAGGCAGUGAAUUAAUUAGAAUAGUUAUAAAGUAUUUAUUUUCUUAUUCAAAUAGAGGAAGACAGAGAACUGAAGAGUGCUGACUCAUGUAAAGAAAAGUAAGUUUUUUUUUGUUAUUUUUAGUUUCAUUUAAUACUGA